AUGCUAGAAACCGAGCUCGAGUGCGCGUUAAAUGAAAGUUCAGUGCAAUAUUCACAAGAAAACGCUGUUGUGGAAGAUGACACUGAAACUGGGCAAUACAUAUUACAUGAUUACCAACAUUCCACAAUUAGUGAUAGAUUAGAUAGCUUAGAAAACGCCACUGGAACAAUAAUACGCAAGAUAGAUUUUCUAACGAACAAAACAACACCGAAUUUCAACCCCGAAAUCAAUCAUCGUUUGGACAGAUUAGAACACAUAACUUCAACCAUCGCCGCAAAGUUAGAUAUUUUACUAGAUAAAUCCAUAACUCCCGUAAACCAACGCCGCAAAACCAUUAACAUAGGUUUUGAAAUUAUCAGCAGUGAAGAAGAAAUCAAAACUUUUGAAGCAAAUCUGAAUGAAAUAAGUUAUUUUAAUGAAAUUUCUUCAUGGUUGGAAGACAAUAUUUUUGAAAUUACUCCAGACAAUAGAAUGAUCGAAAUUUUGGACUUACUAUUCACAAAACAAUUUUUAACUGAGUUCAGUUGGACCGGAAUUAGCAAAGGAAAACAAAAAAUAGCAAUGAUGACUUUUAAAAACAUUUUGGAAUUAUUUAGAUUUCACGGCAGCACGAACGAUACCACAAUUACACAGAAAGAUGUAGCUCGUUUUCUUAUGAAGAAAUUAAAAAAUGCGGCAAAACGGGCUUUAAUUAAAGGAUUGCGUAAAAGCACACAACACAAGCAUUGA